AUGUCACCAAAUACUAGGUCGCAGAUUAGACUCUUUUGUCUAAUUUACGGUGAUAGUCCAGGUUCUGCUUUCGAAGUUAAGAUAAAUAAGAGUGAGACCGUUCACAUGUUGAGAGAGGUUAUUAAGGAUAUGAUCGAG